UGCUGAGCUGCGGUCAGGCCUUCAGCUGUGUGUCUCCAGGCUGGUUCAGAAUCAUCUUCACUGAUCGACUGCACAAACUGCAGCUAGGUGUGCAGAGGAUUAAAAAUGCAUUAGAAGAACUUCAGGGCUCUUCAGUGCUUGAGACAAAGAGGACAACAAGUGACGAACAGGAUGACAGCCGUGGGACCGUGAGGAGGGAAGACACUAAGACAAUGGAUGAGUGCAAAGAGCAGACACACAAGACCUCAAGCGUUCAAACCAAACUUGACACAGUGUGCAUUAAGACAGAGCCCGUCUCACUGGCUGAUGAAAACGUUACAAUUCUUAAUGGCCAAUCUGACAUGCGCUCAGAGAGUCUGGACUCUUUGAUUGGUACUCUGCGACAGCAGAUCCACGUGUCUGAUUGGCUGGAGAAGCACAAGCCAGAGUUGGCUGCUGGACAGGACCCAACACAAUUGGAUGUUUUCACAGACCUGCUCGAUAAAGCCAGGAAAUAGAGUAACAGUUGGUAGAAACAAGUUUGUGCAACGCAACUGUCAAUACAAAUACUUUUUUUAAUGAAUGAUACUUUCACCUCAUGUACAGUUUAGAGGCAAAGUCUGUAAUUGCAGAAACAGCACAACGGCGAUCCUUGUAAUUAGAGAAUGAAACAAUUAUGGAGAGUCACCACAGCAGUAUAUGAAAAUGUUGUUAUUGUUGGAUGUUUUUAUACUUUAAUUAUUACCCUGGCUGUCACAGUAAUUGGAGACUGCCCCUUUAAUUGCACUCAUAUCAAAUUCUAAGCAUCCAAUCUAUUGUCUUUGAGUUGUUUUAAAGGGGUCUUAUUGUGAGGAAUCAAUUUCUUUUAAAAUUAGAAUUUUGUAUAAUGGAAAUAUAUUGAUAUAUUUUAGGAUUUUUGUCCUAUUUUGUUCUCAAAAUUUGUUUUUAAAUUAGACUUUUCUGUAAAAAAACAAAAACAAAAAAACCUUGAACCAAGAUUAAUUUACUUAAACAGCACUUCACAAUGUAUCUUUAAUACAAGUGUAUUUUAUUUGAUAGUGCAGCAAGACAAAAUGCUAUUCAAGAA